AUGAACAAGCAGCCCAGUAAGGAGAGCGUGAAGGACAAGCUGAAGGGGAUCUUCGGUCUGGGUCCCCCCCCCCCUAGCAAACACACAGAGAGCAGGACCUCCGAGUUCAUCAUCACUGAAGACAUUACUGAGGAGCUCCACCCAGACUGUGGCUAUAGCAACCGUAUCCGGGUUAACCAUGUGUGUGACCUGGCAAAGGCCAAGAAGUUUGAAGAGGUUAGAGUGUGCGGUGUGUGGAAUGCGGUGGAGGAUAUGCUCACUCAGGAGCAGCAGGCUGAAGCCAGACACGCCGUCCUGGUGCUGCUGAGAGCCAUCAUCCAGGGACAGGGGGAGCCUGGGCCCCUGAGGGCAUACUUCUUCCGUGUGAUCAGAGACUACCAGCCCAGCAAUGAGGAGCAGGAGGAGAGGCUGGAGGUGUUCAAGGCCCUGACGGAGAACGGCAAGGACAUCACCUACCUGGAGGAGGACAUCGCCAGGUUUGUGUUACUCUGGAUGGAUGUGGGUCUGACAGCAGACUUCCUCCAUGUUCUGGUCAACCUGGUCAUCAACAGCUGCUACCUGGACCAGAAUGUCUCCACCAUGGUCCAGAAGAUUUGUCUGCUGUGUAAUCGCACCACGUCCUCAACAGACAUCGAGGUGGCGCUACAGGUCCUGGAUGCGGUGGUGUGUUACAACUGCCUGCCCUCAGACUCUCUGACUGUCUUCAUCAUCACGCUGUGUCGCUCGGUCAACGUCAAGGAGUUCUGUGAAUCCUGCUGGAAGGUGUGUGUGUGUGUGCUGGGGACUCACCUGGGACACAGUGCCAUCUACACCAUGUGCCGCAUCAUGGAGGAGAAGGUGUAUAUGGAGGACGCCCCCCUGCUGAGAGGGGCGGUGUUCUUCGUUGGCAUGGCGCUGUGGGGUGCUCACCGCCUCUCCGCCCUGAAGAACACCCCCACCCUGGUCCUGCCCUCCUUCUACAAGGCGAUGGCGUGCGCCAACGAGGUGGUGUCGUACGAGAUCGUUCUGUCCAUCACGCGCCUCAUCAAGAAGUACGGGACAGAGCUGCAGGUGGUCACCUGGGACAUCCUGCUGGGGGUCACAGAGAAACUGCUGCAACAGAUCCAGACAAUGGGUAGUCCAGAGCUCAGGUCUAUUGUGUACGAGCUGCUGACCACCGUGGAGGAGCUGUACGAACACAGUGGUUACCAUGGCAGCACAGACAAGUUCUUCAGCCUGGUGGAGAAAUGUGCCGACAAGAGACCGGAUGUGUCUGUCCUCACCCUGAUCUCCUACCGGGCCCAGUCCAUCCAGCCAGCUAAGGACGGCUGGGUCCAGAACCUGCACCGGCUCAUGGAGAAGUUCUUCAGGAAUGAGACCAGGACUGUGAUCAGGAUCAAAGUGCUCCAUAUCCUGUCCUUCGUGCUCAGCACCAACCGCCAGGCUUACGAGGAGGAGCUGAUCGAGGCGGUGGUGGUGCUCAGCUGGGCUCCCUGGGCGGAGGACAGGGACCUGUGUGUGAGGAGACAGGCCACCCAGCUGCUGGUGGACCUGGCUCAGGGUUGCAGAUCCCACCACUUCUCCAGCCUGCUGGACAUCAUCGAGAGGGUGGCCAGCCGGCCCCUGGCCCCCCCGCCCCAGGGGCCACCCGAGGCCGGGGAGGGAGACCCCGGGGGGGAGCCCCCCGUGGAGGACGUCAGGACGGCUGUGCUGGGGCUGCUGGAGAUCCUGCAGAGUAAGCUGUACAGCCUGCCAGCCAGCCACGCUAGUCGAGUGUACGAGCUGCUGAUUGCUCACCUGCAGCUUCACUACAAGAACAAGUACAGCUCCCCCGUCGCCUCCAGCAUCCGCCUGCAGGUGCUGGACUUCCUGUUGAGGAUCCGAGCAGACUGUCUUCAUCGUCUGGGCGUGCCCAACAAGGACGGGCUGCUCACCUUCAGCCCCUACUGCCUCUGUGACAUGGGGGACCCAGAGAAGCGCAUCAGUGAGAAGAAGCCUGCAGGCUCAGUGUCGCCGCCCGCUGGCAGCCCCGCCCCCCCAGCCCCCUCAGGCUCCGCCCCCCCAGCCCCCUCAGGCCCUGCCCCCUCCAUCAGGACGGCCUUCCUGCCCUACGCCCCGGCCUUCAGCGUGCUGCUGCAGUGUCUGAAGAUGGAGACAGACUGGAAGGUUCUGAAGCUGGUUCUGGACAGGCUGCCCUGGACCCUGCAGUACAAAGUCCUGCUACUCACCUCCCACUGCAGUCUGGACCUGCUGUGCUCCACGCUCUGCAACAUGGUGACGGACCGCCUGAUCUCAGACCGCCUGAAGAGGGUUCCAGAAGGUUUCAGCAGGACGGACAUCCAGACAGCUGUAGUCCCCGUCCUCACUGCCCUCACCUCCUACCACACCUACCUGGACCAGAGCAGACAGAGAGAGCUGGUCCAGUGUCUGGAGGCGGGCCUAAUCUACCGCUGCGCCAAGCAGUGUGUGGUUGCCUUGACGAUGUGCACCGUGGAGAUGCCCGACAUCAUGAUCAAGCUCCUCCCCCUCCUCAUCGUCAAGCUCACCCAUAUUUCGGCAACUGUCGCCAUGGCGUCCCCCAUGCUGGAGUUUCUGUCUACGCUGGUGCGUCUGCCUCACCUGUACGCUAACUUUGUGGCGGAGCAGUACGUCAGUGUGUUCGCCAUCUCCCUGCCCUACACCAACCCCUCCAAGUUUAAUCAGUACAUCGUGUCGCUGGCGCACCAUGUGAUCGCCAUGUGGUUCAUCCGCUGCCGGCUCCCCUUCAGGAAGGACUUCGUUCAGUACAUCACCAAGGGCCUGCGCUCCAACGCCUUGCUGCCGUUUGAUGACACACACGAGCAGGGCAACUUCAGAGCCCGAAGCACCAGCCUGAACGAGAGGCCCAAGAGUCUGCGGGCGGCCAAAGUGGCGAGGGCGGCGGCGGUCGUAGCCAAUAGCAGCUCUCCGGUUAGGGAGCUGAGGGAUCUGUCGGCCAUGGACGCCUUCCGCUCCCGGAGCAUCUCGGUGUCCGACCACGCGGUCCGCAGGUGGUUUGGUUUGUUUUUGGGGACGGGACAGCCCGGGCCCCUCUCCCCCAGCGCGGGCCACCGUCCUCGGGGACACACCAUCUCUGUGUCAGCCCCUUCCUCCAGGAGGGAGCGCCGGAGUGACAGAGACUCCUACCACAGCAGGCCAGGGCCCAGCCCCACCGACAAGACUUGCGGACUCAGUCCGGGUUUUGUAUUCCUACAGCUGUACCACUCUCCCUUCUUUGGUAACGAGGCCAACAAACCUCUCCUGCUCCCCAAGACCCAGCUGAUUGAGCGAGCGGUCAAGGUGCUGGACCAGAUGCCUCCAUACGACACACACAAGAUUGGAGUGGUGUUUGUAGGAGCAGGACAGGUGAGUAAUGAGGUGUCCAUCCUGUCUAACGAGUACGGCUCUAAUCGCUACGCCAGCUUCCUGACGGGGCUGGGCCGCCUGGUGCACCUGAGGGACUGUGACCCAGACCAGGUGUUCCUGGGGGGGCUGGACCAGUACGGGGACGAUGGGCAGUUCACCUACUGCUGGCACGAUGACAUCAUGCAGGCCAUCUUCCACAUCGCCACCCUGAUGCCUAACAGAGAGAGUGAUAAGGGCUGCUGCAACAAGAAAAGACACAUCGGGAACGACUUUGUCAUGGUGGUGUACAACGACUCUGGAGAGGAGUACACCCUGGGAACCAUCAAGGGCCAGUUUAACUUUGUAGAGGUGAUCAUCAAGCCUCUGGACUACGAGAGCAACCUGGUCACACUGCAGUGCCGCAAAGAUCUAGAAGGGCUGGUGGACACCAGUGUUGCUAAAAUCGUGUCAGACCGAAACCUUCCUCUGCUGGUCCGACAGAUGGCCCUGCAUGCCAACAUGGCGUCCCUGGUGCACCAGUAUAGAGCCAACCCGUCAGACGCCUACGCGUCCAAGUGGCUCGCCAGACUACGACACAUCAAGAGACUGAGGACACGGGCCCAGGAGGAGAUCCAGUCUCGUCGGUCCGGAGGGAUCUCCCUCACUCACUCGGGGCCCGGCCAGCAGAGCAAGUCCUCCUACCAGCAGGGCUGCAGUGCCCCGCCUCCAGACACCUCCUCUGGCCAGAGGAAGAGGCUGGUGUCGACUGUGGACGACUUCACUGACUUUGUCUGAUGUGCACCCCAUCCCCCCUUCUGCCCCUACCUUCCCCCUCCUCCACCCCCCCUUCUGCCCCUACCUUCCCCCUCCCCCAUCCCCCCUUCUGCCCCUACCUUCCCCCUCCUCCACCCCCCCUUCUGCCCCUAC